CAUAAACCCCGAGGCACUGUGCAUUAAUUGAUAUAUGUCCCAUCUGAUUGGCUGACUGGUUGCUAUGCAUCAAGCUGCAUGACUACCACAUAGCAACACUAUUCAAACAAGAAGACAACUAGGAAAAGAGAGCUCGUCCACACACCAGGGCUGCUGUCCACACUCAAAUCAUAGAUAGUAGAGGAGAGGGAUUGGAAACGCAUGCGUGGGACUCAGUACAAUUUCGGCCCAUCUGUGUCUCGCCUACGCCCACGCAAUGCUGUAGCGGUAACUGAAGCAAGGCAUCUUUUUAGAAGGACAGAGAAGUGCCUUGGCCUCAGGGAUAUUGCACAGGGCUAUGCCAGUUAGUACUAUGCUCUUAGUACCUAGUAUAGUUGUAACCUUAACCUAGAAGUGUCUACUAAAGGAGUUUCAUGAGUUUUUUUAAUAAACAAGUAGUCAAUACAGCUGCCGAAAUAUUACAGCUAGCUAGCUAGCUGUUUCAUUACUGGUAUAUCAGAGAUUGGAAUAAUGAAGAGUGUAUUUUUUCUUGCUCUUCUCCUCCCUGCUGUCCUGACAGCCAAUAUUGACCUCUCCACCUACCCUCUGACCGCUGACCUGAGACCAGGGAGCUACAGGCUGCACUGGAGCUUUAAUGUUGAGGAGCAGAGCAUAAGGUUUGCAGUGAAUGUGAGCACCACUGGAUGGGUUGGACUGGGACUAUCUCCCACUGGAGGAAUGCCUAACUCUGACAUUGUCAUUGGAUGGGUCAACGAUCAAGGACAAGCCUUUUUGGAUGAUCGCUUUGCUACUGCACAAAGCCUCCCACCAGUUGAUAAACAGCAAGACUGGAUCCUAGAGGCAGGAGAGCAAGAGAAUGGAUUCACUGUUCUUGCCUUCAGGAGAAACUGGACCACUUGUGAUCAGCAAGACAGAGAUAUUAAUACAGACACAGCUCGUAUCAUCUUCAGCUGGAAUGAUGUGGACCCAGUUAGCGAUGACCCCACUUUAGCCACGUAUCACGGGGAUCAAAACCGUGGUACGUUGAGUAUCAACCUUCUGGGAGGACAACAAGUGCCUCCUGACUCGGAUGAUCUGCAGACCUUUGACGUUGCUGUUAAUGCUGUCGCCGUUCCCAGUGAAAGUACCACCUACUGGUGCUAUGUGGAAGAGUUUCCGCAAGAUACCAGAGCCAUGACUCAUUAUGUGACGAAGAUAUCACCUGUCAUCACCCCUGGAAACGAGUUGCACGUCCACCACAUUCUGAUCUACGAGUGCGAAAACCUCAAUGCUACGCAUGUCGGCUUCAGCGCCCCCUGUAAUUCUGAUGGGGGGCUGACCGGGAUCAUGGUAUCAGAAUGCAGACAAGGCACUCUGAUAGGGGCAUGGGCUGUGGGAGGAGGAGUGAGUCUUUCGUUUACAAAUAACUAUUUUGUCAAAGCGUUUUCUUUUUUUAGAAACUAUGUCACAGUGUAUGUUUCUUCUGAGUUUUUUCAAACUGCACAAAUAUUAUUAGACAAUUCCAUUGUUACUGGCUGGAGGAAUGUUGUCUGUUCAAGUGGAGAGGUUUGUGGUCACAUAAGUAGAACAAGUGUGUCUACUGGAGCUCAUUCUAUUCGCCAUCAAAACAGCUCAGCAGUUUUAGGCGUUUCAGUGUAUGGAUUCGCUAGAGCUAAAUCUUAUGGUUACCCUGGAGGCAUGAGAUUAUCUCCCAUACAAUGCAACUAUGGUCAAAAUUCUAUUUGUUUGAAUAACAGGGAACAGUUCAAUUGUAGCUGCUUGAAUGGAUUUGUGGCUUCAUUGUAUGGAACAGAUGAACUCAUCUGUAUUGCUAUAACCUGUCCUCCCUUGACUGCUCCUACCAAUGGCUCUGUGACAUACAGUUCUACUUCUGAUGAAAAUGGCAACUAUGCUUUCAAUGCCGUGGCUCUGAUUGGUAACAGCACAAGAACUUGCACUGGAGAUGGUAGCAGCACUACUGGUAUUUUUGAUGGAGAAGCAGCAUUUUGUGAACUUACUUGUGUCCUGCCCACCCCUCCACUUAAUGGAAUAUUGUUCACCAACCAAACCGAGAGCUCAGUCAUUACCUUCCAAUGUGAUCCUGGUUUUUCACUGGUGGGUACGGAGACUGCCACUUGUAACAACUCUGGUUCAUGGGAUCCUGACCCUGCUCUAUUGGAGUGUGUGGUAACUGGUGCAUUGAAUGUUGCUGCUCUAUCUGGAGGUGUUGUUGCUAUAGUGAUGGUACUGAUCGUACUGGUUGUCAUAUUUCUUUUAGUAAUCACUAUCACCAAAAAAAGAAAAAAUGUACGUGUAGAUGAGGUGGUUUACGAAACCAUCGAUUCUGACAAAAACAGUGGUGAAGGUGAAGCAGUUAUGGUAUCCAACAAUGCAGCCUACGGAGUGAGAUUGUGAUGUCAUAGAACACAAAUGUAACUGUGUACCUGUAAAUCAGUGCAUGCAUGCUGAUAUAGUAUCUUUGCACGGUCAUUGCAAUAGCAGAGAGUAAUAAUUAUUAUUGUGAAUAAAGACAAAAUUUUCUAUCUGUUAAUUCGCAUGAAAAGUUAAAUAAAAAUGCAAUAAAUGCAGCAAAUGAAAUAA